AUGGCUGUUGCACCUAACAACAAGGCAAUUUUAGAAGUGAUCACAAAUUCAGCAUUAAAGGAUGCCAAAAAAACUUUUGAUGAUUGGGCAAAAACUUAUGAAGAGGUAUGUUGUACUUUUUAGAAAAAUUAAAGAGGCUCUCUUAGGGGGUGUAUGUAUGUCCCUAGUCUGAAUUUUAAAUAUGGUCAUUUCGCAUUUUGAGGCGUAGGCCAUGCCCCUAGGGGUACUGCCAUAUAUGGGCUAUAUAGGUAUGUGCUGUUGUGAAGGGUAUGGUUUUUCAAACAGUUUACUCUAGGAUAGCGUAUAUAAAUCAGAGCAUUUGGGUCUAGAAUAGGGUAUCAUUUUCUAGGAAACAGAUGAGUUGAUUGAAGAUUUUAUCUAGACUAGGGAUUGUGGUAUAGGGUUUUGUUUUGGCUAGACAGUGCUAGUGACCUCAGUAGUUUCUUGAAAACAGCUACUCUAGGAUAGGGGGGAUUUGGGGAGUUUACUCUAGUAUAGGGUAGCAAAAUUCAGCCGAACUAGCUCUGGUAUAGGUUAAGGGUUUGAGGGUCCCAGUGGCACAUCUCCACCCAGAAAUUGCUAAAGUACCCCCCCCCGUGGCCAUGUCCCCGUCAUAAGUAAAGAGACCAUGAAAAGUGGUGUCCAAGACUGUAAUGAGGGAAAAUAAACUUAGUAAACAGUCAAUACCUGCUUAACGGACACCCGCUUAAGACAGACACCUUUUUAUUAUAGACAGUUUGUUUUGUCCCAGGCGAAAGAAAGCCCUUACAUUUUCUCUAAAUUCAACCCUCUUUAAUAAUAUGGACACCCAGUCAACAGAGACACUUUCUAUGGCCUCCUCAGUGUCCCCAUUAAUCAGGGGCACCCAAUGGCUGUUUUCUGUGAAAUAUCUGUUCGGAGAAGCAAAAAUUGCCUAGAAUUUUCUAAAGCUUGGGAAGGCUACAAACUUCUAGAUGACCGUUCCAUUCAUGUACAAUUUUCAAAGCUUAUCUAAUAAAUUCCCUACAGUUUUCUGAAGUUUAAUUUUUCCCAUGUCACUCCCAGGUUAAGCUAUUUUUCGUAGAGAAAGGGAACCUAACUUUUUCGGAAUCGAAAAUACGAUGCAGAGAGGAAUCAGAAAACUUGUCACUUUCGUAAAACUUUAUAUUGCAGCUAAAGUUUUUGGGAAAAUAAUACUGAAGCCGUUGUAAUUUCUAAAAGACUCAAGUUGCCCCAGGAUGACCGAACAGAUAAAAAUUUUUUAGCGCCUCUUAGAAUACAUUUUUACUGAUCUAAAAGUACUCUGGAUAACCUAAAAAGUGUUUUCAAUGCAAUUAGGAGGAAACCGUCUUUGGGUGCCCCUGUAUUAAUGGGGUUUGACUGUAAUAGUGAUGAAAUAGUUUUGCCAUAAUACUGUCUAUACUAUUUUUUUUAUCUUUUAGGAUACAAACAAACUUGGUUACAAAGGGCAUGUCCUGUGUGUUGAGGCUUUCAAUAAAGCCAUGCGGUCUCAAGACAUUUUCCCUGAAGCUAACAAGGAUAUCAAAAUCCUUGAUGCUGGGGCCGGCACAGGAAUCAUUGGUGAAAUGCUGGUGCAGCAAGGGUAUAGGAACAUUGACGCGUUGGACAUUUCUGAAGAAAUGUUGAAUUUAGCAAAACAGAGGAAUGUUUACAAGCGAUAUAUCUGUGCUGCAUUGAGUGACGUCCCCAUUGAUGACAUACAGACUGGCGAGUAUGAUGUAACACUGUGUGCAGGUACUAUAGUCUAUGGACAAGCAAAGCCGAUAGCACUGGAUGAGUGUGUCCGUCAUGUAAGACCAGGUAACACAAGAAUGUCUCUCUUUGCUUCUUGUCACUAGGGACGUCACAUCCCUAGUGGCAAGGAGUGGGGGAGAUUGCUGUUUUUGUUGGUUAGAAGUUAGAAUACAUUAGGCUCUCAACAGGCCAUUGAAAACCUACUGUAGGUAGAGAGGAGAUGGGGGGGGGGGGGACAAGAGGGGGGGGGGGGGGGCAGGAAGGGGGGUUGACCUUCACUUGGCUCAGAUCAUGACUAGAAAGAAAAUAGAAAUGGUUUUGUCUCCAGAAGGAACCUAAAAACUGCUAAAUACAUUGACCAAGGUUACUCCAGUCUUGAAAUUUGCAAAGCAGUUUUGCAGGCCUGGAAAUAGUUUGCAGUCGGCCAUCUCCACUCAUCACGAUCUGCCCCGUGCUUCCCACGGGUUACCAGUUAAAGUGCCCAUCACCUAAAAUUUUUUAUUGUUUUAUCUGAAACUACACCUUAUUAAAAUACUACUUCUGUGAAAAAAUUUUGCGAUUUGAACCAAAGACGAUUUUUUUUAGAAUUUUUCAAAAACGUUCAAAUUUGGCACCAUUUUGGCACACCAUUCGUCUUAGUCUUCUCUCAGAGUAGGACGUCAUAUGACGUACUUUAAUGAACACGUGACCUUAUCGACAGGAAAACAUUAAGAGUUCUGAUAGGUUUUUCUUUUUCAGAAAAACUGUCUUCUUGCGAAGACAUUGUGAUUAAAUCCUUACUUGUAAUUUACCUUUUUUGUGUACUGCUGGUGAAGGCAAGGUAAUGCGAGUUCCUUAAUUUACAUCACAUGACGUCAUAUGUGAGCCUGCUAGUUUGCAUGAUCAGCGGCGCGGGUUUACCGCAAAAAUGUAGACUUCAAAAAUUGGUAGAAAAAUCGCAUUUUGUUCAAACCGCAAAAUUUUUUCGCAGAAGUUAUUUUAAGAAGGUAUAGUUUCAGAUAAAAUAUAAAAUUUUAGGUGAUGGGCACUUUAAGGGGGUGGAGAAAGCUGAUAUCAUUUCAAACUAACCUGGAAACAGUCUUGAAAAUGAAGAUUUUUUUGUAGUACAAUUUUAUUUACAUGUCAUCUUAUCUGUACCCAAAACAAUUAAUCAAAGAAUGAGAAGUUUCAGAACUCACUGCGUAUGUCAGCACUGUUCCUUUUUUAAACAGUAUGUUUGCAAUGCAUCAUGGAAAAAGUUCUGUUGAUUGAUCAUUUCUGUUAAUCACUAGUUUGAUCACCUUGUCUCUGAAAAAGAAUUUUUUUAUUUAGAAAAAAAGUGUGGAAAAUAUUGCCCAACUUUUUGUCCAGCAUGGUUUUUAAUCUUUUGUUGCUGAUCUUUUCCUAGGUGGUCUAUUUAUUUUUUCCAUACGUGCAGACUCAUUUGAUCCUGUAGAACUUGGUUACCGCACCAAAUUUGAGGAAAUGGAGAAAGCAGGAAAAUGGAGUCUCGUAAACAGAGAGCAGCGAGAACUAUACACCCAUCCCCAUGAUGAGAGCAUUAGGAACUGUUACUUGAUCACUUACAAAGUGCUCAACAACUGA